AUGUCUGCAAAAUUGAGAGAGACAUCAAAACUCCUUCCACAAACUUCAGGGGACCCUGACUGCAUUCUGGUAAUGAAGGUGGAAGAGGGAGGGCAGGCCUGUAAUAUGGUCUCCAGCCGCCACUGGAGCAGCUACUACAGCUCAGAGACCUACCGCCAGCAGUUCAGGCAGUUUGACUACCAGGAGUCACCUGGGCCCUGGGAGGCUCUGAGCCGGCUCCGCGAGCUGUGCUGUCAGUGGCUGAGGCCAGAGGUGCACAGCAAGGAGCAGAUCCUGGGGCUGCUGGUGCUGGAGCAGUUCCUGGUCAUGUUGCCUGAGGAGCUGCAGGCCUGGUUUCAAGAGAACCGACCAGAGAGUGGAGAGGAAGCCGUGGUUAUGCUGGAGGAGCUGGAGAAAGAGCAUGAGACGGUGGCUGAACAGGUCUUUCUUGGACAAAAUGAGGACAUGCUUGCAAAGAAGCUACCAACUUGUGAAAUCACUCAGGAGACAACACGUAGCCAGCUUAAGCCCACAAAAAAGCAACUGCAGUGGGCAUCGAAGGAGCUUCACACCUUAAGACAAAAUGAUAGAGACACCGGAACUAUAAAUGUGAAAUCAGCUUCAAGGCGAAAGACUUCUUCAGGCAAAGAACUGCAUUACAAAGUUUCUAACACUCUUCAAAUGAAUGCUUCCCAGAGUUUCACAUUUAGAGGAACCUGUGAACAAGAUAGAAAGUUUGAAAGAAGACAGGGAAACCGUCCUCGAAAAAAACAACACAAGUGUGAUGAAUGUGGGAAAGUCUUUAGUCAGAGUUCAGCCCUUAAUCUACAUCAGAGGAUCCACAGUGGAGAGAAACCUUAUACAUGUGACGUGUGUGCAAAUACUUUCAGCCGAAGUGCAAUCCUGAUUCAACAUCGAAGAAUCCACACUGGGGAGAAACCCUUCAAAUGUCAUGAAUGUGGGAAAGCCUUUAGUCAGAGCUCGAAUCUUUUCAGACAUAGGAAAAAACAUGCUGGAGAAAAAGUCCCAUCAGUGCUGUGA